AUGGAUGUCAUCGGCUCUCAAUCAUGUUCGAGGCCUUUCGGGGGUACCCUCUUUAAGAGCCGCGCAAAGGCGUCGCUACCCAUGUCGCCAGCUGAAAUACUAUCGCUAAAGUCAGAACUUUUGUUUCAGAGCUUAUACAGUGACACAUGCCCCCCUAGAUAUCACUGCAAUGAUCUGCUGCAACAGAACCCACGAGGCAUUCGAGGUUCAUUCCACUCCGGACCUUUCCAAGCUUUCAGAUCACGAGUAGCACAGAUUGAGUUUGAGAGGCAGGAGAAACAUCAUGCUGAGUCACUCAAGUCGUCUGUGUACCCGGCACAAGAUCCGCAAGAUCUAGGAAACGCGCAUGCCUACAACAGACGAAACCCUAUCCGAAAAUGCCGUAAAAAAUCGACUCCAUCCGUUUACCUUGCCGAAUCUCUUCAAAGAGCAGGAUAUGCACUUGGGGCUAGCAGAUUCUCACGACGAGCUGCAUUUACAGGCCCUGUCAUUCCGGGAACAGUGUCUCGAACGCACCCAAACCCUAGACCACGUUUACAAAAAAUACUAGGGGAAUACAUUCAGUUGGUGGAACCGCUGGUACAGGACAAUAUCAAACGUGGCAAUCGAAAUGCUCUAGACAUUGCCAUCAGGGGCGUAUUCCGAGAGAGCAAUUACCGAUACCUGAGAAGCCGAGGCCACGACGCCAAAGAUGUGGCUGCAUGGGCUUGGGUUUUGACGAGCCGUGACCUUCUACGUGCAGCUUCUCGAAUACUUAUUCUUGAAGCUGAUUGCAAAACCCAGACUGCUUGCGCAGAAGGUCCCAGAGUCCCGUCCUUCAUAACAUUAUUCUUGUUAAGAAAGCCACGCUUGGAACCAUAUGUCCUUCGACUGCUAUUGAUUCAUUCUUUGCACCUCAUGAGCGGCGAACCACUGCCGACUAUAAACGACCUCGAAAUUUUGGAAAGGAAUACGCCUUUGGUGGGACUUGCAAAAACCCAUUCUAGAUUAACCAAACUUGACUCAAGUACAUGUACGAGGCUUGUUUUCCGCUUGAUUCGACAUGCUCGACUGGUCUGGCCAGAAGCGCUCCCUGCCAUCGCACGUGAAUUUUCUCGCUUUUUGACGAGAUCUUAUUUGAACGAGCCUCAGAAAAGAAUUUCGGACCCGGUCAAAACACGCACUUUCAACAAGUGUCUCUGGGCGCUCUCGCUACCGGCAAAAGUCCAUCCAUUCCGAUCAGCCUUCAUACAACAACAGGCUCAAUUUGAGCUUCUAAGGGCCAUGGCCACUCAUAAGCCUGUAAUCCCCGUGACACGGAUGGGCUACCGAGCUGUAGCCGCAGUCCAGCUGGCUCAAAAGAAAACGAUUGAUGAGCGGCAGUCCGCUGAAUUAAAGGCCCCCUCAUGGCCCCCUUGGAAAGAGGAAAAACUUGGUAUCGAUGCUCAACGAGGCAACGAGGGCCGCUACAGUCGCGCAAUGAAUGUGUUGUCCCAGAUGAAAGAAGCUGGUUAUUCUCAUAGACUUUGGGAAGACGCAACUGCCAUCCUAGCAGGCUGGGAUACUGAUGGUAGUCCCACGGUGCAAACAAGAGCUCUAGCCCUUCGAAACCGUCGUUCUUUGUCGUUGGCUCUCCAUGACUAUACUGGUAAUCACCAAGUGCUGUGGACUGUGCGAAUCCGUGCUACUAGGACCCUGCGUGAGGCCUGGGCUUGCUUUUUGUCUUAUCAAGACCACGGCUUACCUCCGACCGCUUCCAUUUAUGCUGCAAUGGCCGAAAAAUUGAUCUUUCAUCAAAAUGCGGUUCGUAGCAAAACUGAUCUGACUGAUCACUCUGCUUUACCAGGUGAUGGGCGAGAGGUCUACCCCGAACCGGCUUCUGCUCGAGACAUCAUCUAUGUGCGCAAAGAGCCACCGACUUUGAACGAUUUCCUGGACGAGAUGGUCUCGCAGGGAUUCCGCGCCUCUGAAAAACUCCUCGCGUUACUUCUUCAAUCUGCUCAAGAUUUCUCCUCAGGAAUAGAUUAUCUACAAUGUAGCGUCCUCAGAAGUGAUCAGAUUCUGGCACUGUGUACCGUGUGGCAUCAGUCGACAGAUUACCAGAAGCAUCAUCUCAAGGCACUCGAGUCGCUAUCGGACAUUUUAUUCGGUUCAUUUGUUCAAUUUUUAUGUCGAUACUGGGGGACAACAGUUACCUCAUUCGCGGCGAACGUUUUCAUACCCGACCAACCGUCUGAAGAGUCAGUGAUCAAACACCAAGCCAAUUCACCCGUUGCAAAUCUUGCAGAAUACCGUGCAAUUCUUACAGAAAACUUGGAGUGGGAUGAUAACAUGGAGUUGGAUACGGAUCCUGAUUACCCACUGACCCUUCGACAUGCUAUUCAACUGGUCAGAGCACGGCAACCACCUUGUGGCUUAGCCUGGCAUAACCUUCUUUCUGCCCUUACUCGUCAGGAUAAUGUACGACGAGCGGGUGAUAGGAGUCUUCUUGCCAUAUUGGCAUGGCACGGGACGUUAUCAUUGUUGAACUGGAUGCGAAUUCACAAUAUUGAAAUUGGGCCUGACGACUUUCAAGCUUUGUGUGUGACAUUCUACAGAGCUGUUGAUGCUGGCAUCAAACAUCCUCAAAAGGUGAAGAAGGCUUUCAAGUACUUGACCAGCCAUUCAAAUAUCGAGGACCGAGAAGAAACUUCGUUCGAUUUUUUGAUCCAGAAUGGACUGUCGGUUCUCAAGUCUCAUUUUGACCAGCUGGUCCUUACUUCGACGAAAACAUCCAGUAUAGCAGAAAGAAGCAUCUUUGAGUUAGAGAACAAGACCAAAUCAUCACUUGGUAUGCCGUCUCUGCUACAUGUUCCAUCAUACGCCACGAUUCACAGUUAUGUGCGGGCCAUGGGAAUUGUAGGAGAUGAUGAUGGCCUGUUACAUUUGUUAAGGUGGAUGAGUCAAUCAGCUGAUUUGCUGAAUGAGCUUGCUGGGGACCGUCUGAAUGGCCAACGAAUGAUCCGCCAGACCCUAGUGGCGAUCCGGCUGCACCUGGAGAAGCUACACCCGCAGUAUACCACUAGCGAUCAGAUACUAGUAGCAUCGGACUACAAAGUGCAGGAGGCAUACGACAUUGUCAGCCGGACAGUGGGUUGGGAGUGGCCCAGUAAUGUGGACAUCCAGGAAUAUUGUACAAUACUGUAA